CGCUUAUUUCAUUAAAGGUGGCAAUGUAUUGCUUUGUUUUAAAGAUAACAUUGACGUUUAGUACUGCGUAUAGUUAUUGUUCGUAGUUAUUCCUAAUUCCUAUAAAGGUGUUAAAUCGUGAAUGGUGAUUUAGUUAUACAGUUUUGUUGUUCAAGAGAACUGUUUAUCGAUACAAUGUGUGAUUACUAUGAAACGCAGUGAGGACAUAAUUCUGUGCAGAAAUGAAAGGGUUAUUGAGACGCACCCGUAAAGCGGAGAUGCGUAGGAGUCAGCGUGGUACUUUCCACAUGGAGCCGGUACCAGAGAACGAAGGUCUUUUCAAAGUCUCUCAAAUUGGAGACAGGAAAAUGACCAGCGAUAUAAUUUCACCGGGGGCACAGGGAGUUUUUAGACAGAAAUCAUUCGGAGCGUGCGAUCGUCAGAAAACCGCAUUGUCGUCAUAUGCGCGAGCCGCGCGCUUGUCGAUCGGAACAGCCGCGGCAGGAAUCGGAAAUUUAUUCACUCGCAAAAUGGCGACUGCUACUGCAAACAACUUGUGUCCAUGGCCCAAUAGUCAAGAUGAUUAUGAAUUACGAGAUGUUAUUGGUGUUGGGGCUACCGCUGUGGUACACGCCGCCUUCUGCGUACCGCGCGAUGAGAAAUGUGCCAUAAAACGUAUUAAUUUAGAAAAAUGGAAUACAUCCAUGGACGAAUUAUUGAAGGAAAUACAGGCUAUGAGCAGCUGUAACCAUGAAAAUGUAGUAACAUACUAUACUAGUUUUGUAGUACAUGACGAAUUAUGGCUGGUGCUGAGGCUCCUUGAAGGAGGCAGUUUGCUUGAUGUUAUAAAGCACAAGAUGAAAGUGGCAAACUGCAAGCACGGUGUAUUCGAUGAGGCAACUAUUGCUACAGUUCUCAAGGAGGUCCUCAGGGGAUUAGAGUAUUUUCAUAGUAACGGACAAAUUCACAGGGAUAUAAAGGCUGGAAAUAUAUUGUUAGGGGAAGACGGGACUGUACAAAUUGCUGAUUUUGGUGUCUCUGCGUGGCUGGCCACUGGCAGAGACAUGUCUAGGCAAAAAGUUAGACAUACAUUUGUGGGCACUCCAUGUUGGAUGGCCCCAGAAGUCAUGGAACAAGUGAGAUUUGAUCAUGGCUACGAUUUUAAAGCAGACAUUUGGUCUUUUGGAAUAACUGCUAUAGAAAUGGCAACGGGCACAGCUCCGUACCACAAGUAUCCGCCAAUGAAAGUAUUGAUGCUAACGUUGCAGAAUGACCCACCUAAUUUGGAUACUGGUGCCGAUGAGAAGGAACAAUACAAAGCGUAUGGUAAAACCUUUAGGAAAAUGAUUGUAGACUGCUUGCAAAAGGAUCCAUCGAAAAGGCCAACUGCUACGGAGUUACUAAAGCAUCCAUUCUUUAAGAAGGCAAAGGAUAGAAAGUAUUUAACGCAGACUUUAGUUGCCAUUGGACCUAGUAUGGAAACUAGAGUACAUAAGGCAAGCAAGCGUUCCACGGGUGCGUCUGGCAGGUUACACCGCACAGUGACGGGUGAAUGGGUAUGGAGUGAGGAAGAGGAGGAACAACCAGCUGUUGAAGCACCAGAAUCUGAUGAGGAGCCAUCCUACACUGAUGACAAGCGACCAAUGAACCAGUUACAGAAGGCUGACUCCAGCGGCAGUGACAAUGAAGCUGAGGAACCCCAAGCAAAGCCACCGAAGCAAAGUCCAGCGGCUCCUGCCCCUUCGCCUCCAGCCCCGGCGCCUCUUGCCCCUUCGCCUCCCGGUCCGGCGCCUCCUGCCCCAGUUCCGGCACCACCACCGCCACCAGCAAGUACACAGACUCCGUUCGCAUUGAAAUCAGACGGAGAGCCUCCAAUCGUGAACUUGGUGCUACGAUUAAGGAACGCUCGCCGCGAGUUGAACGAUAUACGGUUUGAGUAUAUAGUCGGCAAGGACACUGCUGAAGGCAUUGCUAUGGAGUUAGUAGGGGCUGGUCUGGUCGACCCUCACGACUCCGUUCCCAUAUCCGUGAACCUGGCCAAAUUACUUGAUGCACAGGUGUUGUCUGGCACUACGCACCCUAAAGCGGUUACAUUCCAUUUGAAUUCGGCUGGACCCAACGAACAGUUCGAUGACAAAGCACUGAUAGGAUUUGCGCAAAUCUCAAUUAUUGAUUAAGGACAGAAGCAGGGUUGAAAUAUUGUGUAAGAGGCAAUGUGUUUGGUGGCCGGCGUCUAGCUAUAUGUACUUGUUUGUUUAUGGUGCUAAAAUGUGAAGGCUUCAUAAAAUUACGGUAAUUUAAUUUCCUUUAUAUUAUUACGUUAUUAUUGGCCAUUGUUUUCCAUCGAGCCAAAGAAUUUUAGUCUUAAAUCUUAAUUAUCGUUUUGGUGAGUAGCUGUAAGAAUUAUUUUUUGUUGUUUUGUUACUGCGUAUGCGUUGCGUGUUCGUAAAGAUAAUAUAAAAUUGUUUUAUUGAUUUAUAAUAAUUAUUAUUACUGAAUGUACGAGUCGCCGUUUAGCCAUGGAUAUCCGUAAUGUCUAGAUGUUUUAGGGGUAGUAAUUACUUUUACCAAACAUAUCUUCAUGUGUUCCUUGCAUUGUAGAUUAAAGUCAUCUGUCAGUAUUUACCGAAUACUUCAUGGUUUCCUGAAACACAUUGACAAUUACUUUGUCUAUUUUUAUAGGUAGACAAAGGAUUAUUUCAGUUUUGGAAGUCAUUACUUACAUUACAUACCACUACGGAAUACUAUACGUAAUUAAUGUUCUUAUUAUUGGUAUGACUUUAUAUCGCUAAAAUAUCCUCGCUUUGCGUGAACUUGAACAAUGCAACCCUAAACUUAUAAAUGAAUUAAAAUAGUUUUCUACACGAUUUGUAUGAGGAGGGAGUCAGUUCUACAGUCCUCCUUGACUCUCAUUAAGACGAAUUAAAGAAGGGCCAUUAUUGACCGUUGUUUCGUAAAUAUGAACCUUAAAUUGACCACUUUAAAUCUAUAAUUGUCUGGCGUUGCAAUGUAAUUAGUGCUAGGUAUGUUGAAUCUAAUUGUAAUAUGGGAUGUUGAAUUUGGAUCAAAGGUUUUACCGCAGGUAGUUAUUUAUAUUAGAGUUAUACAAUUUAUCGUAUAAUUUGUUCCUAAAGAAUCGUGAAUGAGGAUGCUCGAACUGUUUAAUCAUCCUCAUUAUACAAAUGUCCCAAUUCAGACAAUAUACUAGUGUAAUAACGUGAUUGGUUUGUGCAUUUCAAUCAUAAAAGAGCAUUUAGCUCGCUGUAUUUACGGUCCUUAUUAUAUAAUAUUUAUAUACUUAAAUUAUAUUACAUUUAGACAUUUUUUAUAUUCCUUGAAAUCAUGAUCUGAUUAUUUAAACACUAGUUUGUUUUUUUUUUUUAACUUUUUUUAAAUAUUUCUUUUCUUAACAGUGUACAUUUACAUUCCUUCUUUGUUUCUAUUGCUUUAUGCAUUUUAGUUAUAGAAGCUAAGCAACAUUAAUUAAUUUCAUAAAUUAUUGUCGAACAUGUUUGGUAUUAUUAUCAACACUUUUAACGUAUCGGAAAUACGAUACACCUCUUCUUUAUUACAAUGAUGCUAAGAAGUAAUAAUUUGCUGUUAUACUUACUUAUUAAAUUCCUAGGAAAACAAUUUUAUAAUAAUGUGAAAUAAUAUCAGUAUUAUUACAUAUUGUUUAGGAGGGUUCCUCUGUAUUAUGAGUGGCACUAUUAUUCCAUAGUACUAAGAAACAGUCAAGUCAUAAACAAUAUAGUAUUUCUAUCUACUCUAUUCUUUAUUGCUUUUCCAGUAAAUAAGUAAAUACAGGUGUUACUUUAAAACAAAUUAUCAAUUAUGUACCGUGUCAAGUACAUCAUACAUGAAAUAAGAUAUAGGAUACUACGAUACAAACUGUCUUAUUAAUAUUAAAUAACUUUUUUAAAUAUCAUGCUUCUACAUCUUACUUAUUAACUUACAUACAAUAUUAAUUUUAAAAUAUUCAUUCAUGCUAUCGUGGGCAAUAUUGAUUAGAAAUUUUAUUUUAUUAAUUAAUCUACUACUUAUAUUUAGGUAUUUUCAUGUAUAACUAACUUCACCCAAUUACUUAUUGUAUUUCUAUUUAAAUUAGAGAGGUCCCAAAAAGUGUAUUUUUUAUUUUUAUGCAUCUUUUGUGAAUUUGCAAUGUGUAUGUUCGCUUGUGGAAUUGAAUUCAGAGUAUUUGCGAACAAAUUUGCUUAUUUUAUUGGUAAUUUUUUGUUUGUUUUUGGAAGUAAUAUUUACAUCUAUUUGCUUUUUUUAUUAUGCCAUUCAUUAAAACAAAAAAUAAGAGCCCCGCCAGGCGGGGCUCGGCCGUCUUGGGCUAGUUUAGGCUAAUAUUUUUUCAUUUUUUUCUUAUUUUCUCUCAUUAUUAAUAAUCGUUGCCCCACAAUGCGAUUUUAUCCUGUGUCGUGGGUGCGUUUCCAAACAUACAAGUUCAUAUACACAUGACACCCUAACCCGAAAUAACAAUUUGUGGAAUACACAAAGAGUUGCUCCUUGGGGUUAUCGAAUCCGCUACAUGUUGUGCGGCAGCCGAAUAUUAGGGCAAACCUAUGUAAAACAACAAUAAUCAUUUAAUAGGUAUAGGGUACUGGAUCCCAUAACUCCAUGAUUGUAAGUGAUUGAUGAGCAUGAUUUACUGUAGGUCUCAUUUUAUUUAUAGUUUGGCCACAAUCCUUCUAUUUUGCGGGCAAACACUAUUAUUUAAGAAACACAGAACUAACAAAACAAAUUGACACACGACGUUUGCACACAGUGGCGCUGGCGCACUUCAAAACUUUCUACAAAACUUUGUGAUGAUUCUGAUGCUAAUUCUGUAGUAUUUAGUUGUGUUUGUACACAAGGAUCAUAAAAACAUAGAUAGUUUUACCAGACACUGAGUGAUUUAAUAUCCUAUAGCAGUGCAAUUCUCUAUCUUAAUAGAUAUUCAAUGCGUUUCAACCAUUACUCCUUUAUUGUACCACUCAUGCUUGCUCAUUCAUGGUGCAUAUUAUAAAUCAUUUGGUCUUACCUACAUACAAAAUAACUGAGCAAACUGUAUACAAAUAGAACAGCUUCAGUUUCUAACCGAACGAGCCAAAUAUUUGAACAGUCAUUUUGAAAACGGACCAGACGGGAUGCACCUACGAAUACGGCACGCCAAUAAGAUAUAAUUCAACCUUUAUUCGUGCUUUCUAAUAACUAAUUCUAAAUCAAUACCAAACAUGUGUCCUUUCCCAUUAAAAAUAUUGUCGCAUUUAUUUUAUACAAUACAUCAAAUGAAGCUAUAAAUAAAUUUUUCACUUCGUGCGUUUAUUUUUAAUUUUCUAUUAAUCGUAUUUUAAUAUAAUAAUUAACAGCAAUGUGGAUAAAGCCGGGUAAAAUCUAUAAUCUAUAAAUAGUUUAUAAAAUACGAGAUUUUUAGUAUUAUUUUGUACGAUCAAUGUAUAAUUAUGUCAAGGUUAGUUUCAUAUAUUUUAUUUUGUAUGUAGACACAGGGUUUUAUCGUUAGCUAAAUUUAUUUUAUUACGUUAAGUUUGUUUUUGGGCAUAUUCGUUUUGAUUUUCUAAAUCAUUGUUGGACAGGGGUUCCCAACCUUUGCUUGAUCAAGGGCCACUUGUAUAUGGUUCUUUUUAGGUUAGGGACCACUAUUAUUAUACCUUUUUCAUGUCGUCACGUCCUCACUUCAUGGUGUUCUUAUAAGAAUAGUAACUUGGAUUAUUGAAAUCAAUUGCUCGGCUCUGCCGUUUCCUUGGACAUAAGAUUAAUUCGAGCUUUAGCAGUGAUAUUUAUUGGAAAGAGGUAGAGAUGCUCAAGACCUUUAUCUUGUGGUUGGGAACCACUGUUGUAGAAAAAAUUAUAGUACCUAGCCUGAGAAUGCGUACACAGAUUAUUCUCAAUUGCCGCGAUAUUCAUUUUUAAAUGUUUAUUUUUUAGACUGUAGGUUUCGCGACGGUAAAUUAAUUUGAGAUAUUAUAAGUAGAUGCUUCAAAAAUUAUGUGGUUUAGUAGCAAUAAUAUUAUAUGAUUGUAUUUUGAAUGGAUGUUUCUCACUAUAGUAUAGAAUAAUUUAUGGUUGAGCCUAUAACAGUAUUCAUCAUACUGUGAACUAAAUGUAGAUAUAUUCUGUUGCAAUUUUGUGGCAAAUAUUAGUGAGCUUCUUAUCUAAAAGGAAGCUAGGAGGGAAGUAUAUUUUAUGUAAUGCACUCACACAUACUACUCCAUCAUUAGUAAACUGUAUGUUUUAGUCAAAAGUACACUCAUAUAAUACACACUUUGAGAGACCGCAUUAAAUACAAAUACCUUGACUACGUGACUGACAAGCAGACAAUCUCUGAACCUAUUCCUAGACCAUUCCAGGGGUUCACAAGAUUUUAAAAUAAAUUCUCAGUAAUCCCACAAAAUUACCGUUCUUGGUUCACGAGAUUUGAAAAUUAAUUCUCAGUAAACUCCCAAAAAUUCCGAUUUUGGUAAAAGCUAAAUAUAAUAUUAUUUAUAAAAUCUUACAAUAUGAGUUCUUAAUGUUGCUGUUCUUUAGUAGUACCGCUGUUAUUCUGCAAUUGGCAGGUGGCGCUGUUGUAGUUUAAAGUCCGAAGGUCCAAUCUAACGGAGUACUGUUAUACUAGACAAUUUUAAACUGUCGCUUACUUUAGUGCAAUCUUUUGAAACUAUCAGUCAAACAAAAUCAUCAUUUAGAGGAUUUGGUGUUUUUCUAACAGUAUCUAACGAAAUUGAAAAACACAUCUGUAUAAUUAACCUAAGUUUAUUAAGUACACCGAGUACACGAUAAUGUUCUUACUGCUAAAUAUUGAUGACUAUUCAAAUUCAUUGAUUAAAGUUCGUAGCGUAUUUAUUUAUAUUUGAAUAUCCGACUUAUUGUGUGUAAAAACUAUAAAUAAAAAAUCUAUUUUAAAUAGAUAGUUUGCUUACGCCAAACUCGAUCAUAUGGCUAUUUGAUUUAUUGAUGUAUGAGUGCGUAUUUGUAAUUUUUAUCAGAAUAUACGCCACAUAGUUCCACCUAAUGAUAGUAUAAAAACUGUGUAAUCUAAUACUGGGAAGCGUCCCAAUAUUCUAGCGGACAUUAGUAAAGAGAAACUAGGUGAUUAGGUGGUAUUUACACAUAUUUAAGUAAAUAUUUUGCCACCAAAUUCUGAUAAUACAAUUUGUUUUGCAGAACUAAUAAAAAUGUUAUUUCUGCAUACAUUAGGGUAAACCCUAAACUAACUCAGUAAUGAUUGGAUUUCUUCAAUUAAAAUUAUCUUAUUUCCUUCAAAAGUCGCUUACAAUGUCAAGUAGAUAUAAAUUCCCUGUGCUGUGCCUUGCUAUCUUUGCUUAGACUAUAGAUAAACCUGCCAUACGUGAGUCAUAAGGUCGUGACGAAUACUAUAAUUAGAUAUUUGAUGCGAUGACGCAAUCUCUACAGAAUCCCUUAGCUAGAGAUCAAUGUCAAUCUUCGUUGUCCAACGUAACUAACAUUUUUCUUAGUAAGAUUCGAUCCUUUGAUAUUACACAUUUAUAGUAGAUAUGAUAUGAUAAGUAUUGUGCACGAAAGUUUUCAUGCAAUUUAGUGCAAUUGUAUCGACCACGUCUAUUACUAAAUUACUAUGUGACUUAUAAUAGAUCUUGCACGUGACACUUUUGUUAUUGUCAUCGUAUUUUUUACAUAUCAUUAGCGCGAAAAAUUUACGAUAGCGCUAUAUUUUCUGUCCUUGAACUUUACUUAUCAAAAGUCUGUGUUUUGUACGAAUGAAAGCCAAGGUUCCCCGCAGAUAGAGGGGCCCGGUUCUCGGCGUGUGAGAUCGUAUCUUAGGGAUGACUGAUGUUACGUAACUAAGUCACAUUAUAGAGGCAAGUGAUGGACGCAUGUGACUUUCUUCUCUUAUCAGAGACAUUAUAUUCUACAGCGAGACAAUAAUCAACUGGUAUUAUUAAUAAAUAGGUACAUGUCGUAGCCCGUUAUAUUAGCUAGAUCGUGACCCGUCUAGGUGUUUCACGAUUUUGUUGAUUAACACCUUACAUAUCUUUCGACGUACGCUUUAUAUUUAGGCAAUUGUGGUCAAAUAGGGAUGAUGACAGAAGGUGUAUAAACUAUUUUGAUUUGGAAGUGUCUAUGAGGGUUAUUUUUUACAAAGCUUUAUGUGGCAAAAGAACUCGAAAAAUCACAUUAAAGUAUUGCAAAUAUAUCCGUGUUAUAUUUAACUCACAAAAUAGAAAAAGAUUUCAGUCAUCAUUCCUGUGGGAUCAAUUAAAACGUAGAACAUUUGUGGUUGUGGAUGUAUUAUCGUAAUUUGCAAGGGAAAUAAAUCGUUUGAAUGUAUAGCGAAUAUUGUUAUUAUGUAUACAAGUUUAUUAGCAAAAUAUAGUUGUUAAAAUAUGCAUUUCUGCCCCACUGAGCGGUUACUCUUACUUUUUUAACCGCAAUACUAGUUAAUGGAUUUUGGAUUUCCAAAACCGCAAUUAUUAACAUUGAAACGAUUUAUUUCUAUUGAUUCGGACCCUGUUAUUCGUCCUUAUAUUGAUGAAUUUGGAUGUUAUUUAGUUCGAAAUUGAUGUUAAAUGUUUAUUGGGGAAAAGUAUAUUUGAUUAGACUUAGGCCCAGAUCGACGUGAACUGUUUGUAAACACAAAGUGAAGGAAAGACACACAUGGGCCUAAAGUUCUUAUUAUCCAAAAGUAAUAUUUCGUAACAUAAGAAAAUUUCUUUUCUGACCAGGUUGCUUACAAAAUGUCAAUGCUCUGUGAACGAAUGUUCUUCUAUUAGAAACAGAUUAAAUAACCUACUUACUUUUCCUCACAUUUUAACAUCGAUUUUCCGAAGAGUAUACACGGAUCUAGAGAAAUUGGCAAAAUCAUAAAAUAGCAGGCCUAGCAGUGUAAAUAAUUUAUACCUUAUUAUCAUAUAGAUAUUUAAAUAUACAAUAUUAUACCUACUCGCAUUAAAUGUCCAUAGACUUAAUGCUUUUGAUGGCAUAUUGUAGACUUGAUAACAUGUGCACGGGAACUUGGGACUUCAGAGUGAUAUUCUGAUAUCAAUUUUAUACCCAAAUAUUUAAGAUUCAUUUUUAUUUUAGCUACAAAACGCCUUCUACUGAAAAUAGACUUAAUAAAACAAAUUUGGUUCCUUUUUUAUGUAUGAUUUAAUAUAGGCAAUAUUAUUCGUAUAAUGUUUGAUGUACACUGUGUACACACGGGUGUCAAGUUUUCCGCACAGGUUAUAUAGGUACCUAUUGCAAUGUAUUAUAGUUUUAUAGUGUAUAGUUACCUCAUGUGAACAGUAUUCGUAUACAUAAUAUUGGUGAGUGAAACCUAAUUGAAAGCUACACGACACACGUUCGUCGUAAACUGAAGUCACAUGCUUAUACAAGUGACAAGACGCAGUGGGGAAUACCCGCAUUUAUUUUUAUACAAGAGUAACACGAGACCAUCUCCGACAAAUACUGCAUAGUAAUCUAAACUUUAUAUACUUGAAAAUACGAAUGAAAACUGAUUCUAAAGUAUUUGCCUAUGCAUUAUACACGGUUCUUAAGAAUAAGGAAUCUUUCAUCGAUCUUUUAAACCUUAUCACGGAAUUAAAAAUAUAUGUGGUGUUUUCAGUGUGCUAUAUAUUAUACAUUAUACAUGUAUUUAUUGGAUGUAUUCAAAUAUUGAUGUUCUAAUGAAUGUAAAAAUGAUGAGUUGGUUCAUACGAGCCAGCUAACCUAUGUACGUAAGUUAUUAUAAUAUAUUGUAUGCCAAUUACAAUUAUUCAUGUUAUUAAUUACUAUGAAUCUCUGAAUAGCACAUUUCUUGAUCGUUUCUAUGUGUCAAAAUUUGUUAAAAUGGUGCCUGAAAGCGCACAAUAUUGUUUUCAUUGAGUUUUUGCGUCGCAAUAAUCAUUUUAGUAUCUCAAUGCUUAUGUAACAUGUUUUAUGGUCUUAUGAUUAGCAGUGACGUUGAUAUAAUGCUUAUGUGUAUCGUAUAAAUACUAUAAAUUACUUGAUUCAGUUUAUAGGUACCAUUUAAGUCUCCUUUUACCAAGCAACAAAAUGUCCUGCGAUAUGUUGUCGCUUAGUAAUACAUUUUUCUUGUACGCAAUCAGUAUCUGUAAGUAUAUGGAGUCUGUGUGCUGAAAACAAAAUUCGUUAUUAAAUAAAACUGUAAAGAAGA